AUGUCUAAUAAUCCUGAUGGAUGUUCCGAGAAAACAAAUUACACUAAUGAUUUAUUUAUGAAUAAUUUGAAAGGUAUUUGGCCUACUCCGUUAAUUGUACCACCUCCAUGGGUACUUUUACGUAUAUUUCAAGAAAAGUCUAAUAAUCUAGAUAUAUUAUUUAAUAAUGAUAAGUUGCAUGAAAGACUUAAUGGAGAAAAAAAUACAUUUUCUUUGAUUAAUGAAGUGAAAAUUAGUGACAAACAAAAUACUGGACUCGAUGAAACUUCACCAGCUGUUUCAAAUAAUAUUUCAUCACUUUCUACAACUGUUCACAAUUCUGUGUGUAGUACUCUUCAAAUUAUAAAAGGCAAUCGAAAGAUACCUAAAGAAGUAAUUAACAAAAUCAAUAAUAUUGAACGUGGACGUGAACGUAGUUACAGUUGCCCACAAUGUGCGAAAUGUUUCACUUCAAAUUCCGGCUUAAAACAACACAUGCAUAUACAUGCAUCAUUCAAACCAUUCACUUGUCAGGUAUGUCAUAAAGCUUAUACCCAGUUCAGUAAUCUAUGCCGACAUAAACGUUUACAUAAACGUUGUCGACAAAAACCAGAUUGUUUAUCAUGUGGACAUGAAUUCGCUAAUACUUAUUCAUUAUUAAAACAUCAAGUUUUAACAUCAUGUGGUAAUAAUUCUUUAUAUAACAAUAAUACAAAUAAAACUACUGAAAACAAUGUUAGUAGUAAUAUUAAUUAUACUGAAAAAAAUGUCCAUUUGAAUAAAGAUAGUCAUAAUAAUAAAAAAACAACUUAUAAUACAAAACAUUUGAUUGAUCUAAAACAAAAUGAAAUGAAAAGAAAACAUGAUAAUGCUAAUAAUAGUAAUAAAUUAAAUUCCAUUGAAAUAUUUAAUCUUUAUAAUACUUUAAUAAAGACUAAUCUACAUAAAGAAGAUCCACAUAUUCAUAGAAAUAAUACAUUUUAUAAAGAUUAUAAGGAAUUUAAAAAAAUUAGAAAAUAUACAAAAAGCUAUAAUCAUAUAAUAGAAGCAUUCACAUCGAAAUUAAUGAAUAACUCUUAUGAUAUUCAGUCGAUACAUUCCAAGGAAAUACAACUGAAGAGUGAUGAUAUAAAUGAAUAUGAAAGAAAUAAUUACAUAAAAAAUUAUGGUAAAGAUAUGAAGACAGAGGCAUUUCUGUUAACACAGCAUAAUCAUAAAAUCGAUAAUGUUGAAUUUCGGAAAGCGAAUGCGAAUUCAGAUCCAAUGGAUUUAUCUAAUUCAAGUAAAAUUAACACUCAAAAUUAUUCUCAUAUUCCCAUUGCUAAUAAAGGAAAAAUUGAAGAGGAACAUAAUUUUAAUAAUGAUCCUAUCAAAUCAUUUGUUAGUACAGAUAAACAAUUGAUCAAAUCAGAUAUAAAGAGCAAUACAAUGACAUUUAUGAAAAAUAAUUUAUAUGAUAAUGAAUUUCAAUAUCUCUAUGGAAUUGUAAAUCUUGCAAUGUGUACGACUCAACAGUCUUUGACAAAAUCUGUAGAUCAUCAAAAACAACAAAUUGAAGGAGACGAUGAACAUUUUAAUCUUGAACGACAUUCAAAUGAUGAACAAUAUGUGAAAAAUCUAUCGUCUAUGAUUUCAACUAAUGAUCUAGAAAGAUAUUCAUUCAUUUCAUCUCAUAAUUUCUUGUAUGAAAAUUUUUACACAUGUAAUGUUUGUCAUAAAAAAUUUCCACGUGCGGCUAAUUUAAAUCGACAUAUACGUACCCAUACAGGUGAACAACCAUAUCAAUGUCCACAUUGUGAUCGACUAUUUAGUAUUUCAUCAAAUAUGCAAAGACAUGUAAGGAAUAUACAUAGUAGAAAUAAUUUAUUCAUUAAAGAUAGCAAAUAACAGUUCUAUGCAACUGUACAAAAGAAAACAAUUUUAAUUCUAAUCUUAAGAAAUCAUGAUACCACACAUGAUCUUAGCUCAGAAAUCCGAAUGGCGGCAGUACAUAUACUAAAUCUUAAGAAAUCAAAUCAUUGUAAUUAAUGAGUAGGCUUUUAGUAAUCAUUAUGGGAUUUUACUUGUUAGCAUGAUUGUGAACAGUAUAUUUCCCUCAAAAUAUGAUGUACAAUUGCAUAUUAUAAACAAAUUUGACUACACAUAUUUAAUAUUUAACAAUGAAUGAAAUAUUUAUCUAGUAUCGUGAAUAAAUAUUACAAGACCUACUGAAUAACAUACAGUUUUAUUCAUGAAUGUGAAAAUAAAUGAACAAAAGUAUAAAUUUCCUUUUAAA